GACAAGUAGAAAAAUAAUUAUUUGUUGUUGUUAAAAGUAUCAUAAUGAUAUAUAUGUAAUUACUAACAUAAGUAAAAAUGGAGAAAGAAUUAAACAAAAUCAAAUCACACUCAGCUAUACUUCCAAUUUUCUGUUCCCCUUGAUUUGUUACUUUUCUCAAACAUUAUCGGUUAAUACUAUAUUCCUUUUCCAAUUUUUACCUUCUUUUUCAUUCUCUCUUUUGUUUUCGUCUUUUUCAUUAAACACACAUACGAGCAUGGCACGAGCACGAAUAGGCACGACACGAUUCGAACCGUGCCCGUGAUUCGCUAAAACACAACACCUAACAAUGGCCAAGUGUAACCAAUGGAAGGGACUGCAGUAUAGUGGCUCAAGUGAUAAAUAUCGAAUCCACGGGUCUCUAGAGUUACUAUUACUCAGCUUCAGUUUAUUAUUUAGCAAACCAGAUUAAGAUGAAAGAACUAAAACUACUCUAGCAAACUACAGUUAAAGUUAAUCUAAUUACAGGUUGGGAACUCACUUAGGUAUGAUUCCCCCUAGCCACUAGCCAGACAAACAAUUGAUGAUUUCCAACUUGUUUCACUUUCAUUCACAAUGCGGAGAAUCCUUGACUAGACCUUGAGUCUCGACUAAAGGAACAAGGCCCUCUAGAGUCAAUUGCCUAGAGGGACGUAUCCUUCUCUAGAACAACUGAUCAAGGCGUUCUGAACUAGACUCCCUCUAUCGAAAGAGGUUCUCAAUCGAUACAAAGCAGUGAAUCAACCCUCGACUAAAGCAAUCGAUCCACUACUAUCAAUCUAUGGUGCUCUAUUGACCUAAUCAGGUAUUCCCUCUCAUAGGAUCAAAGCAGAAUCAAUAAUCUUAACUAAAGCAGAAUUGAAUCAUGAAAACAUGCAUAGAUUGAAUAUGAACUCAAGAUUAUCAAGUCAGAGUAAUCAUACAAUCAUCCAAUCAAACAAACAUAGCUAGGGUUCCUCAAAACGUAAGUGAAGGGAAGUUACUCCAUAGAGAAGAGAGAGACUGCAGUAAGAAUCUUCAGAUGAUCAGUCUUCAAGUCCGGGCUUGUUCCUCGAGCUUCCAAGGCAAAGAAAUCCUCCAAUUCCACUCCAAGAAUGCCCUCAAAUCGCCCUCUCUCUCUUUGGUUCGUCCCUUGGGUGUUUGGGAUCCAAAACCCAGCUCUCCCUUUGCAAAAACGCACAAAACAGGCUUUUAACAGCCUUCGUUCGCGAUCCCCGGUCAAAAUACCCGGUAGGGUAUUUUAGGUCACGACAGGGGAUUUUUUGGUUCACGACCGGGGAUUUUUGGGUCACGACCGGGGAUUUUGGUUCACGACCGGGGAUUUUUGGUUCACGAUAGGGGAUUUUUGAAAACGCAACGUCUGGAGACAGGGGACAAUCCCCUAUCAAGGACCGGGGAUUUUUGUGUCACGAUAGGGCCCCCUUCUGUUUCUCAGAGAAGCCCGAAACCAAUUUUCCCCUAUCUUUGAUUCUUCGUUUCUCCCUCGUUCGGACUCCAAAUCAGAUGCCGUUUGAUCCCAGAUGCUCGUAUUCUCGUCCUCUUUCUUCUCAUGACAAGAUUACAUGAUUAUAUGGUCACAAACUGAGGUAGAAAUCCCUUAUUCUUCAAGUCAUACCCGAGUUUCUUCCCCCGAGUCGCCAAUUGAUCUCCGAUUGACUUGAAACUUGCGCCUACGCUUCACUUUAUGUGCUAGGACCUGAAAUGUGACAAAGGAACACAACCUAGCGUAAAAUAGGCCAAAUAAGCAAUAAUGCAAGCUUAAACAAUCAAGAAACAAAGGGGAAAACAUGUGCAAAUAUCGAGUCAUCAAAUCCCCCCACACUUAACUGUUUGCUUGUCCCCAAGCAAACCUAACUCAAACCAAUGCAGCUCUCCAGACCUCUAUAGCAACAUGCACCCUCGAUCCUUGAUAGAGGAUUUUCUAGAUCAUUUAGCAGCUUACGAGGUCAACCGACGCAUAAGUCAUCUCAUAGCUUCUUCGGCGAGAACGCUAGUCUCGAGUCGGCAUCAUGGCAAAUAGUGAUCAGAGGACAAAUGAAUCGUGGACGAAGAGACUCUCAAAAACAAAAGAUCAUGGACUCACAUUUUUCAAGGUGCUCUUAUUUUCUUUUUGAAGACGGUUGGAACCCCUUUUUUCCUUUUCUUUUGUUCUCUUUUUUUUUUCUUUCUUUUUCAAGGGUUCCAACCCGAUUUUCAGAAAACGGGCUCCCACCUAGAAAAGGUUUUGCCGGAACCCGGCUCUUACCGGCCAUGCCGGGAGCGAAUGUCUCGAGCAUCGUGCGGGGAAAAGGAAUGUAAGAGGGCUGGAGGUAGUAGGUGGAAAUUGGGAACGAAUUCCCGUCUCCCCUUACACACUUUCGCCCUAUUCGCACGGGAGACGUUAUUUUAAAACACAUUAUCGACGUACUUUAGGUUUUAUAUGUUUGUUCGAUAAAGUGAACUUCAAACUGAUAAUCGUCCCCAGAUCUAAUACUAUUGAUUCCAUUUUUGUUCCUUACAUAGUUCCUUACCACCUAGAUAAUGUGCGCCUGGCUUAUGGGUAAUUGGUCUUUCAACUAUGAAAUGAAAGGGGUAACUACAUAUCAUACUACUUGGUUAAGAUUGACCAAACUUAUGUCACGAUGCACAUAUCAUUGAUGAAAUCUAAAGUCCCUAUAGAUUCCAAAAAAUUAGAGUGUUUUUACCAUCCAUUAAAAAAACUGAAAUGCUAAAUGUCGUCCUAAGUUUACUACUUGACGUCCUAACUUUAAUAUGCAAUUUACCAAUUAGUCCAAAUUCAAAUUUCAAAUUAAAACAAUAACAAACAACGCCUUAUCUCUCCUCCCUGACAAAGAGUCGAUCCUCUCUCCUCUCUCAAACUUUCACGUUCUCUCUCCGAAGCCCCAACCCAACCGUCUGGAACUCUUUUUAUUCCAGCCGCCGCCGACCGUCCCACCAUCGAUCUAGUUCCUCCCUAAAUCUCCUCGCCGCUCCGCAACCCUCAUCCAUGUGCCGCCGCCGGCCAUCGCGUCCCACCAUCGAUCUGAUUCGACCCUGACCGCCGCUCCGCAACCGUCCCUGAUUCCCGCCGUCUCUUCUUAGCCCAAUAGCCCACAUGAGAUGAAUAAGGUUAUGGAAGGCGAAGUCCUUGUCUUUUUUUAGAUUCCGUCUCCUAUGGGAUGGAAGUGUUGCUGGUAGCUCUGCCUUCUCGUCGAUUUAAGAAUUUCAGGGGAGGAAGAAACAAGGUAAGGAGAGAGAGAGAGAGAGAGAGAGAGAGAGAGAGAGAGAGAUGGAAUGGUGGUGUGUCAUAGAUCUCUUACUUGCUCUGCUUUGUGUGGGCUCUUUCAGGAAAGAUACGUUCUAGGCAAAGAAGAUUGUCCGACCGGCGAAUAAGUAGUUGCUUCCUUUCCGUCGGAGAAGAGAUCAUCGGAAGCAGAGGUACAUCCUCCCAACCCCUAUUUUGACUGUCGGUCAACCAAAUUGCUCUUCUCGUUUGACCUUCCACUCAAUCGAGCAUUUGUACUAUUUUACCCAUCCUUCCAACCGGCGAUUUGGCCUUGUUCACCGUCCGACAUACCAGGAAUUUUUUGUCGUUAUCCGUCCUUCCAACCGGCCAUUUAUACAUGUUUCCCCGUCGGUCAUACGAGAAGUAUUCCUCGUGUACCAUCCUUCCAACCGACCAUUUUUACUUGUUUCAGCGACCGGUGGAUCACCAUUUAUACAUCGUUUGACCGAUGGUCAAUCGAUUGUUUAGUCUAUUUUGACAAGCGAGCAGCCCCGUCAAUCCCACCUAGCCCACCGUCCCCUUUUAUCAAUUAAUUUUUUUUUUAUUUUUUGUUUGCACUGAUAUUUUCCCGAGUUUAUGAAGCUUGUCGUUGUACACGUGUGAGUUCAACGCUAAUUAACUGCUCCCAUAGAUGGCCCAAGGGUGGUUCGGAGAACCGAGGGAGUUUGGCCUCAAAAUGGCCCAUAUGUCAUUUUGAAGUUGGAUACGUACUUAUUUUGAAGAUUAGUUGAAUAGUUCUUGUUAAAUUUUAGUAUUUAAUUUAAUUUAAUUAAACUUGGUAGAAAUUGGUAGAAAUUAUGUCGAUUAAACAUUAUACACCGUUAUAAAAAUUGGUAGAAAUUUUACUUGUUGUAUUUAGAGUAGUUUAAUAUAUAUAGUUAAAUUAUUUUCAAUAUAUAUAUAUAUAGUUAAAUUUAGCAUUUCAUUGAAUUUUGUUGAAGUUGUGAUAUAAUUACAUUUCACAAAUAAAGGACGUAAUUCUUUUUUCCAUGAAAUUAAGAUUACUACUAAUUCAAGAACACAAGAUAAAAUAUUAUUUGAACUUUAUACGAACCUAAUAAAUGUUCACAAAUACGUUUCCAAAUCAUAUUCUAAAUUUCUAAUAGUAGCAUUGUAUGUUUUUGAAGAUGUCGAGAAUUGAAAAAUCUGGAACCAUUAAGGAUUGAAUGAAAAACCGAACUUGUAGACCUACGACAACUGGGCGAAAAGAAAAUGAAGACAAAAAUCCUCGUAAGAAUCGAGCGAGGCAGAAGAAGCUACAAGUAGAGCGUCUUGACGGUCAUCCUACUCAAGGGCAGUUGUCUCUUAGUCGGAAAAGUCCCACACCUACAUCUGAUCGUGUCGAUACUUGGGAGCCGAGUUGGGAGGACUCUAUUUCGGAUGAUGGUAUACCGAUUGAUGAUGAUGAUGAUGAUGAUGACGAUGAUGAUGAUCAUGAUGAGGCAGAGAAGCUCGCUCAGACUCAGGUUCAGAGGUACUUAGGAGCUCCGAUGACUUCUACUUCCUCGACGACAUGUCGGGGUCCUGAUGGACGCUUUCGGGCAGCAUCUAGUUCUCACCAGUGUGGUAACUCUAAGAAGAGGAAGAAGAGAGCCAACAAUGACAAGUCUUGGCUUCUUACGAGAGAAUCAGUAGUGAUGUGUACGGGCGGACCGAUGAUUCCCGACGUGAUCCCUAGUUUUGCUGGUCACGUGGCCCAUGUGUUGUGGACUUCACCUGAGCAGGUCUUAUUUGAAGAAGUAAAUUCUCUCUUUUUAACUGUCGGAUUAGAAGGGUUGGACUUUCUCUUCUUACCGUGAGUGCAAGUCAAAUAAAAUCGCCGACUAUUUUCGUUUGGAUUUUUUUUGUUCGACGUCCGCACUAAAUAGAACCCUAAACCCUUGGCUAUUUCACAUGCUGCUUUAUAGGCUUCUAUCUCUGAAUCGUAUUUCACCCCUUUAACGAAUGUCGGUGUAUAAUCAAAAGGACCCGAAUGGGAACUUCUAUCAAUUUCCUAAAACAUGUAUAAAAAAUAAGAUUCAUUCAACCUAACAUAACAUUUAUUCAACCUAAAAAUCCCUAUGCAAUUUAUAAUAACAUAAAAGAUUAGUAAAUAAUUUGUUACAAAUAAAGUCCAUUCACCUUAACAUGUAACAGUAACAUUCAUACUAGAAACCACUCUAUGUUCAAUUAAAUUGCUUAAAUAGAUUGCAACAAAUCAAGUUCAUUUCAUAACUAAAAUUCGUACUGAAAUAAGUUAGUUCAUAACAUAAAUACCUCAUCCGAGUCGCUAUCACUAUUCAUGGCAAGUAUAGGACGGCAGAGCGGAACUGGAUCAACGAAUAUCCUGAAAUUAAAUUAAUAAUAAAUAAUCAAUUUAAAUUGUCACACUUAAAAUAAAUUAAUCAUUUAAACUUGUAACAUUUAACUACUUAAGUCUAAUACGUAUUGUUACAUGUUUCUUCAUAACUAUUUUAAAUUUAUAAAUGUUUUAUUACAUUAAAUAUUUUUUCAAUAAUAAUGUAUAAUGUGC